UUUUGAUGCUCUGUUAGAUUUGCAAAAGAGAGUUACGGCAAAGACGCAAGACAAAAAUGCGUUAUCAACAAUCAAAGCAAACCUAACCGUCGUCGCAAGAAACCGGACUAAACCGUCAUCGCAAGACACCGGGCUUAGGACAAGGUGCGAUUAUAGCAGUUGUCCGUUCGCAAAACCUAACCCAUCGUCGCAAGAAGUGGGCUUAGGACGAACUGCCAAAACUCGCAUGAGUGUUCGAAUCGGAAUAAUAUACUUAUCUUUAUCGCU